AUGAAGCUCCUCUCAGUUUCGGCCACCUACCUGGCCAUCCCCAUGGCCCUGCUUGUCUCCGCCCAGAGGGAGACAGUGACCCAGGUUGGCUGCUACACCGACAGUGCCAAUUUUCAAAACAAGGGCUCAUACACAUACCAAAGUCCGGGAUAUUGCGCCAAGCUCUGUGGCAAGGCGAAGACACCGUAUAUGGCCCUGCAUGAUGGUACCGAAUGCUGGUGCGGUACUUCUCUGCCGGACAAGAGCUCUCUCCAGUCGGACGACAAAUGCAAUACAUCCUGUUCCGGAUGGCCCGACGAUAAGUGUGGUUCCGAUAAGGCGUGGUCUGUUUAUCAACUUCCUGCCUAUACGAAGGAGGCAUCUGAGACUGAGUCUGCGUCGAUUUCGAUCAGCCUUGCAAGCGCUACCCCCGGAUCGAACAGCACUGCGUCUGCCACUAAGUCGGGAAGUGUGUCCCAAAGUGCCUCUUCAGCGGGCGCUACUCCCACGACUUCUACCUCGGCUGCGACUCGUCGGUUCAAACCUCCUUUUUUCCUGUAA